CUAUGAAGCGAAGCAGCCCACGUCGCAAGGGCAGGCGUAUUACGGAGACGACACGCUUGGUGGCAAGCGGAAGUUGCGUCGCACCGGUUCUCUGCAGUGUUGUCGAGCGGCAUCUCUUCAUCCCCGUUCGCGCAGUCCAUUGGUGGACAAGACUUGUGGUAAAUUGCGGUGGGAUUUCUCCGCGGGUUUGGUCGCUGAGAUCGGUGUUUGGUGCCGAAUUACUGUGCGUUUGAUCUGUAUCUUGGGAGGAAGGUGAUCGAGUGCUGUUGUUACGAGCAUCAUGGCUCUCGUUAGCGGUAGUCGGCGGCAAAGCCACUGGAGCGCCAACUGGGCACUUGUCUGCGUUGGGCUUGUCAUCCUGGUCAGCGUUGCGCAGGUGAUGGCGAUGACGACCGGGACGUCUGCAUCAAAGGGACAGUUCGAGUAUGGGAGGCCAUACGAUGUGGCAAAGACGGACGGUGGAUCUUUGUCGUUGUGGUCGGAGUCGUUUGAGGAAUUGACUAAGCAUGGUGCUCACAUCGUAGCUGGCCAUCUGACGCUGGAGGCGAACGGGUUCGCCCUCCCUGCGUAUGUGAAUUCCCCGCAGAUAGUCUACGCCGCCAGGAACUUCUUAAGAUGGUGCAGGGGGUUUCGGAAGGCCUCGUUCUCGUGUUCGGCCCAUGUCGGUCUGAUGACGCCGAUGGGCAUUUCUGCGGCGAUCCAGAGGAUCAGCGAGGGGGAUGUGGUAGUGAUACCACGUGGAUGGGCUAGUUGGGCGUGUAAUCAUCAGGAGAGGCGGUUCAAGGCGCUCUUCGUGGCUGAUUUAUCUGAGCAUGCGGGCAUCUCUGCCAAGGAGAGUUCCUUCGCGCUGGCUGGCUCCAUGAAGGACUUGGGGGAAGGCUGGCGGCAGGGCAGCGUCCUGCACGGGUUUACGAAGGACGUGCUGGCAGCGGCGUGGGAUGUGGAGGAAAGGGAUGUCGAGAAACUCCUGAACUCUCAGAGAGAAAGCGUGAUAACGAAGGUUUCACGGGAGGCAGCGGAGUCGUACGUCUCGUCGGAGCCGUCGGCGGCUGGGUUUGUAGGGGAGUUCAUCUACAGCUUGAAGAAUUCGCAACCGGAUGUCUUUAACGAGGGGGGCGAAUUCCAUCUCGUCAACCGCAACAAGUUGCAGACGCUACACAAAUUUGGCACGGACUUCGCUGUGGCCUUUGCAAAAUUGAAUAAGGGAGCAAUUGGCGCGCCGGGAUGGUGCGUUAACGCGCACCACAUCGUGUACUUCACUAAGGGCAGUGGACGAUUUCAAAUUGCACAUCCCGACGGGAGUAAUGCUCUGGACGCUCACGUUCGUGCUGGAUCAGUGAUCGUCGUGCCGCGUUUUCAUGCAGCAGUCGUGUUGGCUUCGAAAGAAGAGGAGCUGGAGUACGUGGUCGUUUUCACUUCCUCGCUGCCUAUUUGGGUGAACAUGGCCGGUCAGAACUCCGUGUUUCAGAAUAUGCCUGCGACGGUGGUGAAGGAGGCUUUCAACAUUCCCGAGGACCUUUUGGAGAAGCUGCGGCACCGCAGAACCUCACACUCUAUCAUACUGCCUGCGCCCACGACUUCUGAGCAGAAGCAGCAAGAGCCGGUGGAGGCCAAGAAGCCAUCGCAGGGCCUGCCAUACGCUUUCAUGUGACUCAUGUGGGCAUGAACGGACCCCCUUGAGAAGGCGCUGCUCGUAGAGCUACAUUGAGGUUGCAGUGCCAGAAGCAGCACGAGUGUCGAGGACAAGAAGUCAUCGCAGGGUCUGCCAUACGCAUUAUGUGAGCAUGGGCGGACCGUGGAGACGAGUGCUGCUCGUAGAUCCACGGUCGAGGCCGUCUCAGUGCCCGUCUCUCAUGUGAAUGUUGCUGCGCCAUCGAAGAGCCAACACAGUUUGUGCGUGCCCAUGAACUGCCGGUGAAACAGCAGUGCGAGGGAGAAGAACGUAUGACGUUGUCGCGCUGUGAAAUUGUAAAUUAGUGAAACUCUUUGUGAAUGGACGUGAAUGGACUGGGUGAUGUAGAGCCACUUGCGCGAUGAUGCCUUGGCUUGCCGACGUGGAGAGGAGGGGCAUAGAAAGCCAGUCCAGUGCCAGUCAGUUAAUCCCUGUUAGUGAAGGUCACAGGGACCACGAGCAGACCACGUUUGUUUUACUUGAAGAGGAUGUCCUGUGCAAUGGAGUAGUCGUUCGUGGAUGAUUUUGACGACAGGAAGGUGGAUUUUCGAGAAAGUAUUAGGCCAGAAUGUCAUUUGUCGGGAAGGCUGGUAGAGAUGGGCAGUAGUGUGCAGCAGAUGCGAGUGCCCUUGAGGGAGCUGCGUUGUUCUAAUGAUGUAUGAAUGCCUGAGGCCUCCGGAGUGAAGGAGAUUGUAAAAUAAACUAGGCAGGUCGUGUGAGCCUUGGCAGAGGUGACAGCAGGGCGGGUGGUCUUUGUCAUGCUGUUUCCGGGAUCCCCUUACCCUCUGUUAGGUUGCGUUGUCUUUGUGUUAGGUUUAGCAAAUUAGCAGUGUGUGUUAGAUGGGUUUGUAUCCCCUUUCCGUUGGGGCAGGAGUCGUUAAAUUCGUCCGCAUGUCAGCAUUGUCCUAGUCAGCCUCUUGUCCUGUGACCUGUGGGUACCAAAGGAUUGACCGGAUCCGGUUCGUUUAGGUCCAUCUCAGCAAGAUCUGUGGUUGCCAAGAAUCUGGGUCCAUGUUAGCAGUCAGCGGCCUCGAUCUUUUACGUCCUCAUGAUAGUGGCUGACACUGGUAGAUCGUGUUACUGAAAUAGUGAAGCACACACGUAGUUGGGGAGUGAACAGUAGUUGUUCGCUGGAGCAGUCAGCUGCCCAAGUCUUUUACAUCAUGAUAGUGUACAGUAGCUGGUAUCUGGAGCAUUCCGCCGCUCAUGACAGCGAGUCCGACACUCUCGUUAACUGUUAAUAAAACAGUGAUGCAGACAUUUUGUGGGUAGUGUACAGUAGUUGGUUUCUGGUUACACGGGGGCUCUGAUAGACUGGUAUAGUAGUUACACGGGGGCUCUGAUAGUAUGCACGGUGUAGUAGUCUAGUAGACUCCUUGAGGAUUCUCAACGAAGCUCAAGUGCUCUGGGUGUGUAGUGCUAUGAGAAUUGCUGCAUAUAAAAUGGUAUUACCUCUGAUACGAUUUCGU